AUGACCUCAGGAAAUCAAACAUCAGUGGUGGAAUUCAUCCUUUUGGGACUCUCCAGUCAGCCAAACAUGCAGGUCAUAUUGUUUGUGGUUUUUCUUUUAUGUUACAUUGUAUCAUUAACCGGUAAUGUUAUCAUUAUUUGGAUAAGUUGGGUGAGCCACCGUCUUCACACCCCCAUGUAUUUCUUCUUGAGUAAUUUAUCCUUUUUGGACAUUUGGUAUACAUCUAGCAUAGUUCCCAAAAUGCUGGUAAACUUUCUAUCUGCAAAAAAGAGUAUUUCUUACGGGGGUUGUUUUAGCCAAUUAUUUAUUCAUCUUUCUUUAGGGGGUACAGAAUGCUAUAUUUUGCUAGUGAUGGCCUAUGAUCGGUAUGCGGCAAUCUGCAGUCCAUUACAGUACACAAAUCUAAUGCAUCCGGUUCUGUGCAUUAAAAUGGCUGCCGGCUCCUGGAUGGGAGGCUUUAUAAACUCCAUAAUUCAUACUGGUUUUGCAUUACGUUUGCCAUUCUGUGGCCCUAAUAUAAUUAAGCAUUUUUUCUGUGAGGUGCCUUCAGUGUUGGAGCUGGCUUGUAUGGAUGUCUCACUCAAUAAAACAGUUAUUUUCUUUUGUGUUAUUUUGGUUGUUAUAGUCCCCUUUUUUCUUAUCAUCGUUACCUAUGUCUACAUUAUCUCAAACAUUCUAAAGAUUGCAACUGCGCAUGGAAGGAAGAAGGCUUUCUCGACUUGUGCUUCACAUAUCAUUGUUGUGAUCUUAUUUUAUGGCACCAUCAUAUUUAUUUACAUGAGACCUGGACAAAUUCAUGUUGUCAAUGAAGACAAAAUGGCCACCUUAUUUUACAGUGUUAUUACCCCAAUGCUGAAUCCUCUCAUCUACACCUUGAGAAACAAAGAUGUUAAAGGAGCCUUGGUGGAAACUAUCAAAAAGAAAACAGUUGCUCAGGGAAUCUAA